AAUUUCUUAUGAGACUCUAAGAUGAGAUGACAUCUUUAACAUCAGUUCUUCACCUACGAAAAGUUGACUUCCAUUCUUUUGAUGGAGUUGGCUUCUUCUUCUUCAUCAUCAUCAGCAUCUUCAUCUUCAUCCUUCUUAAAAUCAGAACCGGUGUUCAUAUAUGAUGUGUUCAUCAACUUUGGGGGAGAAGACAUCGGUAGAAGGUUCGUUUCUCAUCUCCAUUCUGCCCUUUUACAAGCUCAAGUCAAAACUUUUAUUAGCCAGGAAAAUGUUCAAGACGGACUGAAUCUGGAAGAACACAUGCGAGAAAUAGCAGUUUCUAAGAUCGCAAUAAUCGUUUUCUCCAAAACAUACGCUGAAUCUACAUGUUGUCUUCUUGAGCUUGAAAAAGUAAUUGAAUGCCACCAAACCUUUGGGCAAAUUGUUCUGCCCAUAUUUUACGAGAUUGAUCCAUUUGAUGUACGUGAUCAGAAGAAUGAUUUUGGAAAAGCGUUGGAAGAAACUGCAGAAAAAAGCUAUUUAGGAGAACAAGGGAAACAUGCGUUGUCAAGGUGGAGCCAUGCACUCAACACAGCUUCAGGUAUCACCGGUUGGGAUCUCAGAAAUUUCAGGCAUGAUGCUGAAUUUGUGGAGGUAAUUGUUAAUCGCGUUCAGACAUUACUGGACUAUAAAGACUUGUUUAUUACCGAAUUUCCUGUUGGAUUAGAGUUUCACGUGGAAAAAGUGAUUGGAUGUAUUGAAAAUCAUUCCACCAAAGUAUGUAUGAUAGGGAUAUGGGAAAUGGUUGGAUCGGGUAAAAUUACCAUAGCCAAAGCCAUCUAUGAUCAAAUUUACCAUUUAUUCAUUGGUAAGAGUUUUGUUGAAAAUCUUAGAAAAGUUUGGGAUCCUGUAUCUAGAUGGCAUCUUCAUUUGCAAGAACAACUACUUUACGAUGUCCUAAAAUCAAAGAUUAGCUUGAAAAGCACUUGGAUGGAAAGAGUUAUGAUCGAGAACGAACUUUCUCGAAAAAAGUUGCUCAUUGUGCUUGAUGAUGUGAAUGAGUUAGGCCAAUUACGAAAUCUAUGUGGGAGUCGUGAUUGGUUCGGUAAAGGAACUGUGAUAAUCUUUACAACUAGAGAUAUUCACUUACUGAACCGACUCAAACUUAAUUAUGUUUAUAGCAUGGAUGAUAUGAAGGAAAAUGAGUCCCUUGGCUGUGAUGGCUUCGGAGAAGCAAAACCAAGAAAAGACUUGUAUGAACUUGUAAGAAACGUAGUUGUUUAUUGUGGAGGACUACCACUAGCUCUAUAAGGUCUUUGGUUCCUUUUUAUGUGGUAGGACAAUGGAAUAGGGGGAAAGUUUAUCAUUGAGUAAUAGUUUGUAGUUGAGAAAUCCAUCGGAGAUCUACGCAAUAUACUGCUAAUAAAUUUGAAAGGCUGCACAAGUCUAAGCAGUCUCCCAAAAGAGUUAUAUAAGUUGAAAUCUUUAAGAACUUUCAUCCUCUCUGGUUGUUUCAAGAUUGACAUAUUGGAGGAAGAUAUAGUGCAGAUGGAAUCCUUGAUAACUCUAAUGGCUGAAAAUACAGCUGUGAAACAAGUACCUUAUUCACUUGUCAGCUCAAAAAGUGUUGCAUAUAUAUCCCUACAUGGACUUGAAGGAUUGUCAGAUAAUAUUUUUACUCCUAUCAUUCGAACUUGGUUGUCACCAACAAUGAAUCCCCAAUCUUAUAUCAGUCCGUGUUACAUGGAUAUGGAGAAUAUUAAUUGAGCGACCGUGCGCCAUUGCUUGCUGGCCUUGCAAAUAUUCGAAGUGUUUUGGUUCAAUGUGACAUGUGUUUCAACUAUCUAAGCAAGUAAAAACAGUUCUUUUCGACCACGAUGUAGAUUCUACAGAGUCAGGGAUUUCAAAGCAUCAGUUGAGGUUUUCUUUGAUUGGUGUUGGGAGUUACAAUGAAUUCUUCAACACUCUCUACGAUAGAGUUUCCGAGGUUCCUUCUUUAGCUCUUACUUUCCUGUGUACAUACCUUCACCAUUCACUUUAGUAAUUAGUUAAGAUAACAUGAAAUGAUCCUAAUACACCAUCUAAAGUAAACUACAGAACUUACCUUCUAUGAACCUGUUAUUUUUAUAGUAGCAAUGUUUCAUUUAGAAAUACUUGACUUUAAUAACGAUCAAAUUGAGGUGACUAAUUCGAGGAAUACAUUGUAAUAUGAAUAAAAGACCCUAUAUUUGCAAUUUGGAAUGAUUAAAUAAUGAUUGUAGGUGAUCAUUUGAAUAGAAAAAUUAUAUACAUGACUAAGCUUUUAAUCUGC